AGGACCAGGAAGUGGCUUUGUAAAACCCGCUUGAUUUUUUCCUUGUUUUCGUUUCUUUUGCCGCAUUUAUUUUGCGACUUUACAUUCACUAAACGUAAACGUGACAAAACGUCGUCACUUUUGCAGAAUCUUCUGUUGCUCCGCGUAUUACAUGCUUUUUGUACCUGCUGCUCCUGCUCCUGCUAGCGCAAAAGGAAAACGAAAAACAUUCAGCAUGUCCUUAGCCACCUUGUCGCCGCGUUUCUCGUUCUCGCGCGAACGCUUCUUUCGCCGCGGCGCUAGUUCUUGCAGUUCAUUGUCACAAAAAUGGCUGGCUUCUUCGGGUCUACUUCUACUUGUGGUUCAUCACGACAAGACCGGGCAGCUGCUAGGAGUGCAAGAAGCUUUGGCGGUCUCGUUCAUGUCCAAGAUGAAGAUGAAGCUGCAGCAGAACAAAAAGAAAACCUCAACAUUUGCAUCGAAGAUCAUGAAGGAGCGGCUUCCUGCUCGGGGCCUCCCAAGAAGUGGAAGAACGGGAGCACAGGAGCUACACACAACAGGUGGGAGCCACGAUCAUGAGGCCUUCUUCUACAACAAGACUAGCUCAACAUCGGUGGAACAAGAUGAACAAAGCUUCUUUUUGCAAAAGCACGAGGCUACCUUGAGCGGCGCGACUUGUUCGCUUUCGCGUGCGGAGCGUGGAAGGAACGGUAUCACACAGAAAAGUACACCGAACCGAGUGCACCAGAGUCAGAAAAUAAAAAAAUUCAGAAUCUGUUGUUGUUAUGCUGCUACUUUACAUAAAUUGGCGCCAUUCCAAAACUCUAAAAACAAGAACUCAAACUCUGUAGAUACACAGAGUACUAGCGAGGCAUUUUAUUUUUUGGUGUGCAAAAGAAAAAAAAAUACAAUUUUUACUGCGCGAAGGCUAGGAAAAGGGUGUUAGAAUGAAAGUAAAAGUAUCAUCUCACGACGUCGGACGGCCAACAGGCACUUUUUUUUCCCGCAAACAGAACGGCAUGACAUGAUAGUUCUUCUCGAGAUACCCUGGUGAAAAGUACCAAUGGGUUCUUUACUUUUCUGUACAAUAAACGGAGGGCCUGGGGGCUACGGAUACUGCCGCAACGCCAGCAGUGGCAUGGUCAAGAGCGAUUGCAAGCUUUGCAUGAGAUGUAGCGGUCGCAGUUGGCUGAAAUACAUCGAUACAGCCACCGGAAGUGCGACGUCUUGGCAGCUGGAUACGAUGCCGCGGAGUUGGAGGGAGUUGGAGUUCAACACGGGAACAGGGGAGCUGUUGAAGGGGGGCUGUGAUAUUCCAAGCGGGACGUUGGGAAAGAUGAACCACAAGGCAUGCCUGGAGAAAAAUCUCGACAAAUUGUACGAAGACCACGCUUGGAACGAGCAGGAUCUAGACAUCGACACUCCUCGUCUCGUUAAUUUGAAGGUGAACGGCGAUGUCUGGAGGCAUUACACGGCAGAGGAGAAUGUUAGAUGCGAGGCACGGAUGGCGAUGAAGAAAUCCGGAGCCUCGGGCUCCGUAGAAGUAUGCAUUGCAAAUAUGAUGUCUGGGUCUGGAAACUUGUAAUGCUGCGUUGGGAAUAGUGAAAAAUGCCCUGUAAUGCACAGCCAAGCAUGAAAAAUAUCUGCGCUUCUUUGCGUUGCGUUUUUCUUUUUCGCAUGACAAACUGCGUUUUUGCAUGACAAGCAAAAGGGUCUGCUCUUCUCGGACACGCGUCACAAACUUUUUAGUCAUGCCAGACAAGCAUGACAGACCUUGCAUCCUUCUAGACCCAGACAUAUUUGCACUUGAUAAGAACAGCGCUUCGACAACGGCGGCUGGGAGACAGCUCCGAGUGGCAGUGUCGACUGGAAUAUGACAGUGCACAACUCCCCCUCCCCCUCCCUUGUCAUGCAAAUUUCCCGAAUCCAGGCUGUGCCUCUUGUCACUGUUUGCAUGACAAGUUCUGGUAGCCCAAAUAGCACUACACUCCAGUUUAAAUCUGUCAUGCAAAGCCCGCAUUUUUGCGAAUGCUCGCAUUGCCGUUUAUGCUUAUACAAAUGAGGGGGAGGCGGGGGAGUUGUGCACUGUCAUAUGGAAGACACAGAUGGCCCCCGUGGGGUGGCACAAGGUGGAACAGUGGAAAGAGAUAGGCGAUGAACUCGAGGAGGCCGCGCAGCGACUGGGCGACAAUUUCUUUGUGGUCAGUUUGUCCGCCUUUGCUCCCUCCUGCGGUAGCGAGAAGUACUGCGGGGAUUCAGACCACACAUGGGAUAACGAUGAAAACGAUUUUGCGGCUCAUCGCAACAACUGUGAGUGCAAGGCGUGUACGCGGUGCAAACUAUAGUGUGUCUAGGUGUGGAAAAAAUAAAACGGGCCUUGUGCUUCUUGUAUCUUUAAAAUAUAAAUAUAUAAAAUUGCUUGUAUAGCAUUGGUGCUGCUGGCAAGUCUGCAUUGCAUAACCGACAGGGGCGGCGGCGCUUCCUUCGUCAUCCAAAAGCGAAAGCGCAGACGUUGGUCGAGCUGUUUAUGCAAAUUGAUAAUUGGCACUACUCGUACUACCUAUCAAGAGAGAAACUUGUCAUGCUUUGUUGCAUCAUGUGAGUAUGUCUGACCCAUCCACUAUUUGUCCGCAUCGCAGGUGUGAUAUUCCAGACCCAGACACAUUUGCAUUUGAUAGCGUGCUGCGAGAAGGUGGAGAGGGAUGGCAGCUGGUUGGCCACGGUCGACAAAUGGCGUUGCGGGGAGAGUGGGUUUUACUCGAUCGACGACUAUGCGAGGGAACAAAUCAACAGCAAGAUCCAACGCGCGAGCAUCGAGUUAUGGCACUCUCAAACGUUACACUGUCUAUUGUCCUCUUAUGAUAUUGACUUGUCCUGCAAAAUGAAAAUUGUCAGCAGCCUCGACAAGAUUUUGAAGAUCAAAUAAAGCUACUUCGCGUGACAAAUAAUUUUGGAAGGGCUAAGAGGCAUUGCAAUCUGUGCCGAAUUUGUAUGUAAUACGACUUCGACUUGCGCGGCAGGGCAAUAAAGCGCCCUUCCUUUGUUCAACACUUUUGCUACUGUUGCAUCUUCUUCACAAAUUCGUGUAAAGAACAGCGACCAAUGUAAACGUUUGUUGAAAACUUGAUAUGAAGGGGUAGAGCCCCCGUCAACUACAUCCUCACCUACAUCCUCAACUACAUCCUCACCUUCGCCUUCAUCUCGCGCUGUCACAGAAACGCCUUCCACCACGCCGGCACCGCCUGCGGUUUAUGCAAUACAAAUUUCCCGUAGCCGUACAUGUACAAGGUGCAUUACAAAUUUCACCAAUUUAUUGGAGUGUAACAUCACUUGUAAUGCUAAAAUAGGACCACGGCUAAGUUUUGUCAUGCAGAGACCGGAUUUGUACGUGUUGUACGGGAAUAAAUUUCCUGUGGAUAUAGUCACGCCCGAGUCCACCACUACUUCGCUGCCGAGGACAGGUGAAAUAAAGUCCGACGAAUCCUUAUCUUGUGCAAAAGUAUCGUACUCGUACAAAUUGCUUUUAUGCCUUACAAAGAAAUAUUUUUGUUAAUAAGGCAAAAGCGCAUUACAAAGGCCUAGGCCUAGGCUAUGCUACCCAAUGGGCAGCUAGGGUGUCUGAAAUUAGCUUAUACUUUUUACACGCGCCGCGGGCUAGGGUGGGUCAUUAACAAAACGUGAGGAAAACCGGGCCUAUCAUUUCGCGCCUGCGCGGUAAAGGUUUAAGUACAUAAAAGUGCAUCAGACAACCAAACCUUCAAACAGGCCCCGCGGCAGAAUCCGUUUUCCCCUUAAAUAAAUGAAAUUCUGUACAAUCGCCUGGCGAGACGCAAAAGUAGAUGAACCGACUCUCAAUAAAUAGCUGCCCCGUGGCGCUUCUUGAGUUUGUUUAGUGUGGCCGUAGUCCAAAAAUCAUUUGUUUUUUCUAAGCACAGCUGAUGACAGCGCUCGUGGUCGUGCAUAGAGUUUUUCACUUUUGGGUUACGGCCUCUCUGAGGAGGUCUGUCGACGUUGCUCCACUCAGGAGCAGGCUGUUCUUUUCUGUCACUGACAGGCGGUUCUGCGACCGCAAGUCUCGGCAAUUCCCGAGCUCUUGUUUCUGGUGCGAACUUCGUACGGAAUUCUCUUGGUGGGUUCAUCUAGUGGUGCGCUGCGCGUUUCUUAACAUUUUUUGAGGCCGUACGAUUAAUGGGCCCCCUUUUCGAUACCGAAAAGGGGGGGGUAGGUACGGUCGGUCGUCUGGCCGUAUCCAAAAGCGACCACUUCCCUCGGGACCCGACCAGUUUUCGAAUUUCAAAAAUCAAAAUGUCAGCCCAUGACCCCCCCCCGCCCCGAAGUAGUUUUCUGCUUUGUUGACCACUAGUUGCGGCGCGGCUUUAUCAGCGUAUAGCCCCUCUAUUGCGGUUUCUGGGGUGUGGUUAGCAGAGGAACAAGCACACAACGCAAUUUUUUUUUGGGGCGCGCGCUGCGCGCGCGCGCGUCGCGAUAUGCAUACAAAAGUAAAGAAACUUCGGCGCGCGCGCUAAAUAAAUACACGCGCCACGCAGCGGAACGCAUGGCGCAUACGUGGUUACAAUCCGCCGGCGCGGUGCAGCAAACCAUGAUCAUCUGCAGGACAGAUGAAGAUCGAGCCCGGUUUAUUAUCGUCGUCGGCUCUGCCUCUCCGCCUGCACUGGGGCCGAGCAUGGUGCGCGAGGUUUGUUGGCCCUUCUUCCGCCUUCAAGCUGAAUAAGAAGCAAAGGGGCUUGCGACUUGGAAUAAAGUAUGCCGGAAAAGGAAAGAGCGCUUUGCCGCGACAACAACCAUCGCCAUUACCCAUCCUGCGCGGGGUAGUGUGCAGAGGGUUAAAAAGUGGGCUAACUACAAAAAAAAACGCCUUCGGCUUCGCAGUAAUUUGUAGCGCAGCACUGCGCUACAAGCACCCGGCGCGCCAAAGUGGUUGAUGUGGGCAUCUCAAUUACUGAGAUACCCGCUUCAACAGCCCGAGAGCAGUCUUGGUCGCGCAGUUCUGCAUUAGAAGUUGCGCCAUGAUCUACCGCGCCGCAAGUCUGUUUGUGCAGGAGAGUGACUUCUCAGUCGAUCUACAAGCUUCCCCCUGAAGUACUGCGAAGCACCUCUUCUGCUUAAAACAUGCUCAGUCACUCAAAAUCAAAUAAAAGCAAAACAGUUCUGCAUGCUUUUACUUGAAUGAGCUGCCGAGCUCCUACGAUCUACUUACAAACUGCGCCCAAGCUACUGCUCUUUUUUUCGAGCAGUGGAUCGGCGGCAUACAACCAAGCGGGAUUGCAGUCAAGAAGUUGUAGAUAAUUCAUUGCGAGGCAGCUGCGCUGCUGCUCCGUGAAAGGUAGCCGUCUCCCUUUUGGGGAAAGAAUGGCCCUCGGCUUCAUUUUGAGAAACAGAAAGCACGUCUGCUUCGAUUGAUUUACUUCCCUUUUGGCGACGGAAUUCUCUUGGUGGGUUCAUCUAGUGGUGCGCUGCGCGUUUCUUAACAUUUUUUUUCUUUCCUCGUUUCCAUUUCUUGUCCUGUCGGUGUGCUUCGCUCGAUCUCUAAUCGGUUUUCGUCAUCUCCCAUGAGAAGAGCGACCUCUGUCGAUCGUCUUCGUCUCGCCUUUUUUCUCGCUUUUUUCUCGACUGUUUUAGUUAGUUAGGCGAGCUUUCUUGCGCAUACGUACGUAGAUCUCCUAGUGCCUUGGUACUUCGAGGUUUAGGGUCGGAACGUUCUCAGCACUGCUGAAGCUUAAGAAGAAAGGGGCGUGCACGCUCCGGCCUUCAGUUUGCUCCGCCUUUAUCUUUUUGAAAUCGCUUUACUAUAAUCCUCCUUUUUGCUUGCUUCCUGUUCCCCGGGCCCAACUGGCACCAAGCAGGUUUUUUCUCUCCUAGGGUUAGGCUUAGUUAGGCCGCCACCGCCGCCGGCACGGGAUGGCUGCCGACGCGACCGUCUCACCUUCGAUCCAGCCACCACCCUCAUCUGCUGCUCAAGAUCGAUCCAGAAAGGGUUUAGUUUAGGUUUCAGGGUUUAGGAAGCAAUCUUAACAUUUUUUUUCUUUCUCUCUUUCUUUCUUUUGUACUUCUGGGUCUGCGUCCCCUCGUACCAACGGGCCUCUCUUCCUCCGUCAGCGGGGUUGUCAGGUUUUUGCGGUCUGGCGACCUACGUUCGCUAGUUCGGGCCGUUGUUGUCUCCGACGGUUUCGAGUUAUAAAAGUUAUGGUUUGUGUGACAAGGAGGCAACACGGGCCUAGCGAAGCGGCCCGGGUAGCCAAGGCAGGAACACAAAGCGGAUUUUUAUAAAGAGAUACCUCUCUACCAUCCGGUCGAAUAUUGUUGUGGUCCCGGGCGGAAGACCUUAAACUCGACCCAAAGAAAGUAAUGCCCUGCGGUUCAAGUUUCAAUAAAAUUUUUUUCCUUCCCUUCCCUCCCUUUUAUUUCUCGUUACUGUUGUCGAGACAAAGCCCUUAUCCCGCGGGGUAAGGGAGUGGGUUGUCAGGUUUUUGCGGUCUGGCGACCUACGUUCGCUAGUUCGGCCCGUUGUUGUCUCCGACGGUUUCGAGUUAUAAAAGUUAUGGUUUGUGUGACAAGGAGGCAACACGGGCCUAGCGAAGCGGCCCGGGUAGCCAAGGCAGGAACAAAAAGCGGAUUUUUAUAAAGAGAUACCUCUCUACCAUCCGGUCGAAUAUUGUUGUGGUCCCGGGAAGACCUUAAACUCGACCCAAAGAAAGUAAUGCCCUGCGGUUCAAGUUUCAAUAAAAUUUUUUUCCUUCCCUUCCCUCCCUUUUAUUUCUCGUUACUGUUGUCGAGACAAAGCCCUUAUCCCGCGGGGUAAGGGAGUGGGUUGUCAGGUUUUUGCGGUCUGGCGACCUACGUUCGCUAGUUCGGCCCGUUGUUGUCUCCGACGGUUUCGAGUUAUAAAAACGUGAGGAAAACCGGGCCUAUCAUUUCGCGCCCCACCCUAGAGGGUAUUUCCACCCUAGUGCCCUGCGGCUCGCACUAGCGUGGUGCACCGAACUAGCCUGGGUCUAGACCACGGCCAGGCUAGGUUUCUGCAUGCAUAUUUGCAAUAAUUACUACGAGUGCGAUACUUUUGGUUUUGCGCAGGAUAAUCAAUUGACGGAGACUACAACCAGGAUGGUGAUGGUACCCGUAUCCAAGUGAUGAAAACAUCAAGUGUUAAUAUUUGCUCCGCCACAGAAGAUGAAAGUAGUACGGAGUUUUAUUUCGAUACAAGAAGAAGAUGAAGAAGUACUCACAGCGCAGUACGCGCACGCCGGGGGUAGGAAUUUGCUGCUCUAGUAUUUUUGCGUGGCAGCAUGGUGUUUCCACGCAUAUUCGAGAUGAUUUUCGAUUUCGUCCUUUGAUGGACAUUAUAGUGAGCACGAAACUGGUGAUAAAAAAAAUUGCAUAUAGCCUAAGAACCAUGUAAAGAGAUGAACGCAUAAUUCGCUGUGGGAUGGGCAGACGGACGGGGACACUUGAUUUUCUUGUUUUCAUAACCCUUUCUCCGGCGAUGCGGGUGGUGUAUCCUGGGCAAAAGUAUCGUACUCGUAGUAAUCGCAGUGAUGCAUUACAAAUCUCGUUCAUAAGGCAAAUCAGCAUCACAAAUCCCAUUUGUUAUGAGGAGCGAAUUUGUAUUGCAAUUACUACUAGUACGAUACGUUUGCAGUUCAUAUGAAGCAGGCGCGGGCGAUACUCCUCGGAACUUCGGCUGAUGCGGGUGAAGUUGCCACCCAACGGGUUGGUGUGUGCUGCUGAGGUCGCGUUUGUGAUUCUUCAAAUUAUUUAAGAAUUUGUAUACGAGGGUAGUUCUAGUUACAGCCUUUAUGCUAUACGCGUUUCUCGAUCGUGAGAAGGCAGUAAAGGGACUUAUUUCCAGCCACAAUGCUAUGCUGAAAAAGAAAACUUCACAAUGCUAUGCUGACCGAAAACGUUUCUGAAGUUUCUGGAGUUAAUUACAAUAGCCGAUAGAAGUUGCAACCGCGAUACAAGCUGUCCAAGUCCAACGCAGCUGCAACGAGGAGGUGCAGGGUUCUUGCGAUAGAAAGCUGCUGGCAGCGCCGCCUCGUCCGACUUACAUGGUGAUUUAGUGAUCAUUCCUACUGUAAGCUGCAGCUCAUCUUCUACCCUCGAGUUGUGUGAAGUAGAUCAGGCGAAAUUAAUAGUGUGAUCUCCAAGAAGCAAGUAAAAAUGUUGGAUAAAAUCGAUGCUGGUCUAGACACAACGACCCCAAGGCAAAAAUCAGGCUAAUCCCCUUGCUCCGCACGACAAAUUCACCAGAUUCCGCAUUACAAACUCACCAGAUUCUAUGUUUUUGGAUCCAUUGCGACGGUUCGAAAUAAAAAGCGCCGCUGUCGUCGG